AAACUUCUGAGGAUGCUAGCCACAAAUGCAUGUGAAAUGUCAGGAGAGAGUGCUACUGGAACAUGGCCAUACAACCUGAAAAACUCAAAUCCGGCCAUUAAAGCCUUCGACUACACAAAAGGUUGAGAAACGCUGGCCUAUGGAAUCGACUUAUGCAUGAGCUUUCCUAACUGCGAUGUCUGCGGAGCGCCUGCAGGUGGCGCUGCUUCCCUUCAGUCUUUGCCUUGCGGCGGAGAGGCGCCUGGAAGGAAGGAGGGAGGAAGGAAGGAAGGAAGGAAGGAAGGAAGGAAGGAAGGAAGGAAGCCAAGGCAGCGCCCAGGAGGAGCCCGGCUUAAGAGAAGGGGACGGAAGCCAGUUCCUAUCAUCAUUUUUUUUUCUCCAGUUGUGUAGAUCGGGGAGUCCCUGAACGCUUGAUAAUGUCUCCACCUACAUCACUGCUAAGGAAAUGGAAGAACACCCUGUUCACCUCAAUCUCUAUUAUCUCAUUUUGUCAAUGACUGUUGAAAGGAUCUUUGGACAGGCUCUUUGUGAAAGGUUAACAUCUCUUUAAAGCCUGACUCAUACAAUGGGAAAAUGGAACCAACCAAAGACAUAGCAGGAAGACUGUGUGGGCUCUGCUUCUCAGAUACCAGUGUUUUGCACUAUGAUGGCAUGCAAUGGGACUCCUCCAGGGAUUUUUGUUGCCCUGAAUACAAGUGCCCAAUUUCCAAGCUCCAAUUACAGAGACCUGCCAACUCCACUGCGGAUACUCCUGGCCAUAAUAAUGCUAUUCAUGAUUGCAGUCGGAUUCUUAGGCAAUGCCAUUGUCUGCUUGAUUGUCUAUCAAAAACCAGCUAUGCGUUCAGCUAUCAACCUGCUUUUAGCUACUCUGGCUUUCUCUGAUAUCAUGCUGUCUUUAUUCUGUAUGCCUUUUACUGCAGUCACCAUCAUUACAGUGAACUGGAACUUUGGGGCGCACUUUUGCCGAAUAUCAGGUAUGCUCUACUGGUUCUUUGUCUUGGAAGGUGUAGCUAUACUCUUGAUCAUUAGCGUGGAUCGAUUCCUGAUCAUUGUCCAGCAUCAAGACAAGCUGAACCCCCACCGUGCCAAAAUCAUGAUUGCAAUUUCUUGGGCCUUUUCUUUCUGUAUAUCUUUUCCUUCAGUGGUUGGGUGGACAUUUGUAGAGGUCCCAAGCCGGGCUCCCCAGUGUGUCUUGGGGUACACUGAACUUCCUGCAGACAGAGCUUAUGCUGUGAUGUUGCUGGUGACCAUUUUCUUUGUCCCUUUCAGCAUCAUGUUAUAUUCUUACCUUUGCAUUUUGAAUACUGUCCGGCGGAAUACCGUUCGGAUCCACAAUCAUGCUGAGAACGUCUGCUUGAGUCAGGUGAGCAAGCUGGGCCUUGUGGUGCUCCCAAAGGCUCACCAAAUGAAUGUGGACAUGAGCUUCAAGACCCGAGCCUUCACUACCAUUCUCAUCCUUUUUGUUGGCUUCUCCCUCUGCUGGCUGCCGCACACAGUCUUCAGCCUGAUGUCCGUGUUCAGCAGGCAGUUCUACUAUGGUCCUUCUUUCUACAUCACUAGCACUUGCGUGUUGUGGCUCAGUUACCUCAAGUCAGUGUUCAAUCCCGUCAUCUACUGUUGGAGGAUCAAGAAGUUCCGCGAAGCCUGUCUGGAGUUUCUGCCAAAGACAUUUAAGCUCUUUCCCAAAGUGCCUGGCCGGACGAACAGGAGAGUGAGACCAAGCACAAUAUAUGUCUGUGGUGAGAACCAGUCUGCUGUUUAGAGUUGCACCAGGAUGAGUUCAUAGCCAGGGAGAAGAGGACAAAAAGUGUUUGAAAUCAGGAAUUGUUUGUUCAACCGUCACUGCUUUUGUUGCACCAUUUUUAUUGUGUUAUUGUACUAAAUGAAGCACAUCUGACUUUUGCUUAACAGCACCAGCAUUGCACUUGCUAUUAUAGUUUCACCAUGAGAAUGUUGAAGUAUUAAUUUAUCAAGUAUACUGCUGAUGAUGGUGAUGAUGAUGAUGACAGUAGAAUCUUUCAGGUAAUCAGGAAUGUGUAAGCAAGAGUUAUGUAUUUAUGACUGCUUUGUAUUCAUAAUACCUACAUAUCCUCUAAUUUAGGGGAUGUUGUGGCCCUCAAUCUCUGCAGGGGUUUGGUUCCAGGACUCCUGAUAAAUAUCAAAAUCCAUAGUAGCUCAAGUACCAUUACAUACAAUGGCAGAGUAAAAUUGCGCCCAUUAUAUAAAAUGGCAAACUUUUGGGGAAUCUGAGCUGUUAGGUUCAAAAUAACCCACAGUUUGGGUGAUUUCACCAUAAAUAUAGCACAGUACCAGAAGUAAACUUCAUAACCAACAGAAACUUACAUGUGGUGAACUAGGAUAGCAUUCUUUAUCUUAGGAGGGAUCAGGAUUGCAGAGUCAGUAUUUUAGGUUCAAAAAAAUAUUUAUUGAGGUGAAAGAAAUACAUUCUUGAUAGAAAAGGUUUUGGAACUAACUAGCUUACCAAGUCUUACCUUCUAAAGAAGGUAAAAGGUAAAAAGAUCCAAGCAGCUACAUUUUGCCUAGAGAGAGGCAAAAUUUGUCCUUACUGGAAGGAAGAAAAGGCAGAAGAGAUUGGAAAAUGGCGAAUGGCUACAUGGCCAGCCCAGGGCAAUAAAACUUAAAGAGGAAGUUCCCUCACAGGAUUCCAUUGCUACAUCAUCAAAUGGGGAGGAGUCAGUGGUUGGCAGGUAGUGUAAAGACAAAGCCCUUUAGGGAAACCUACAUAGGAAUGUCAGGGGAGGAAUCCCUCAGCCUAGUCCUAUCUCUAGCCUAGCUAUUAAUUGAGGACUGGAAACUUGAUGACACAAAAGACUUGUGCAGUACAGAGAUGAAACCCAACACAAACAGUUCAAAUGAAUGCCAGAAAGAGCCUGAGGAUCUCUAAAAUGGCAGAAGGCUACAACAGGGUAUGCCUACUCAUCCGCAUAGCAAUUGGCACACAGCAAAAUCAAGGGUCGCUUUUUGGAUUUUUUAAAAGCAUUCUUGAGUUAUGGUUAGUUGGAUCUAUGGAUGCAGAACCUUUGGAUACAGAGGGCCAACUUAUGUUGGGACCAUUAAAGUCCUCCUAUCCUUACUUGCCAGUCAGAAGCUACUGUGAUCAAUGAGCAUCUGUUUCAGUCACUCAGAAAGUGGCAGUCUGUCAUUCUCAUAUCCCAUUCCCAUGCGAUUGAACUUUUUUUGCAGAGCGAGGAUUACAACACUAACUUCCUUUCUGCCUUUCCCACUACAAAUCCUUCUCAAGGUGGGAGAAUGAGUAUGCAAGACACUUACUUCCUGAACAAAAGGGGAACAAGCCCUCCAAUGAUAGCAGUGGUUGCCUACUGGUAAAUUGAUAGACAAUAUAAAAUUUGUUAAGUAACUUCUUCAGCGCUAAGUUACAGUUCAUCAUUGCACACAAAGAUGAUUCUCCAACCAAUGAAGCUUUUUAGAAGAAAGCCACUGAAAUAAAUGGAAAUCACUACCAUGCCCUCUCUUAUUUUCAUUUCCAUUAGGUGUUCUAUUUACAACUCACUUAUGCUGGAUUACUCAUGCUAGAUGUAAUUCUUUUCAGACAUUCCACAAGAAACAAAUGUUUUGCAUUGCACAUGCUGUUUUGCAAUAUGAAAAUAAUCAGUUAUUGCUCUUCAACCAGGUGAUACAUUUUAAUUUCAGAAAAUAGUUUUAAACGUGUAAAUCCAAACCAGACUGUUGAUAAUGCAUAUUGUAUCAUUUCUAUGGGAAAUUAAAUCAUCUGUUUAACACUG